UUAUGUGCUGAGGACUUAAUUUUUUUUUCUCUCUCAGAUUUGUUUUUGUUUUUGUUAUUGGAUUUUUCGUCGCAGCCAUUGCCGAGUGACGUGCACGUGUAGUAUAGUGUAUCAGUGUUGGAUUUGCUGGAUUUCUCGGUUUUUCUCUUGUUUAUGAUUGCCAGGAAGUGGGUGAGCUCAGGGGGGAGGAGAGCCGAGGAAUGGUUUUUUUAUGGUGUUAAAUCAUCUACCACUAAAUCCAUAAUCGGCCACACAGACUGAAGGCAAUGUGGCUCAGUGGGGAAACUCGAGGAGGUGAUAAAGACUUCUGACCUUGCAUAGACUGGAUCCCAAAGCAGGAUCCCCCAAAUACAUCUCCAAUAACUCCCAAACAACAAAAGAUAAACGAUUUUCUCAUUUACAUUCAUUAAAAUCGUGAGAAGCAAAAAAAAAUAUAGUAACGCUAGAUAACAAUAACCACAAUAACGUUGGAAAAUAACGUACAUUACCUUCUACCUUGAAUCAAUAUACCUCGUACCUACAAGUACCUUCAAACAGCUACCUUUGACAGCGCAGUAGUGCCUGGGUCACCGAUUAUAUUAUAGAAAUCGUAAAAAGUACAUAAACAUAGAAAUUAUUUGUUACAAAGGAAAAUGGAGUGUUUCAACGCCUAUGGUUGCAUCCUUAAUAAUUAAAUAGCAUUCAUUAAAAUUAUAAAUCUCAUAAGUCCACGCACACAUAUAUUCUAUGCAAUAAUAUUAAUUACUCAACACUUAAUCGAAACCAGGACAGACGAGUACCUGCAGACAGAUAUAUUUAUCGAUUUUAUGAUAAUCCAUUUGUGACCAGUUGGUGAUUAAAUUUUUGUUAAUAUAAAGGAUAUAUUGUGUAACUUUGAGUGGAUAGUUUUGUGAGUGAAAAAAGUGAACUGUUGGAAGUGUCUUUGAGCUUUGGAAGUCUAUGAGCUGGCUUCAAAUGUAUUCAACGACUUUUUGAGCUGACAUUUUAAGGACGUGAACAAAGCCAUAACGAAGGACCCCGUGACCUCCAACGUACAAAUAUUUCACCUAAUACCAUUAAAUUUUCUAAAAUCACUUAAACCGAAGUGAUAACUAGGGAUAAAAUAAUAAUUCUGAAUCCCUAAGUGACGUGUAAAGACCAAGAAAAAUCCUGCAAUUACCUCUUGAUACCAGUGAACUCCCCGAACCGGUGCCAUAUUGAAUAUAAGUGACAUGAUGAAUUGUAAUUAUCCUGGGAUCCCAUGUAGAUCAGUUCUGACUUAUGUUUGAAUUCGAUAACUCAUCAAGAAAAUGGUUAAAAUUGACAGUACGUAAUGAUAUAUGAAUAGAUAAUCCCAGGGUACCCAGUACCAUCAGAUCAUCUCUUUCAAUGUCAAUAUGCGAGGGGCUGCCAGUGGUUCAGUGGCAUCAGUAACCCUAAAAGUUGGUGAUACAACAGUUCAAAAUAAUCUAAGAAUAUCGAACAAUAUAGCAUCAGCCGCUGUGCGGUACAAUGAUCCUACGGUUGGCAACAAUACAAAUAACAAUACAAACAGUCGUAUCAACACCAUUAGAAUGGGUACUGGUGAUGUGGCACUGGCACCAACAUCCAGGAUGAGUCCACCAACAAGUAUGGAUACAUCAGAGAGUCCUCGAACAAUGGUGAGUGGUUCAACAGUUGCACUUGUUAAAGCUGAAACACCAGAGCCGAUGACUGGUACAUCAAUAGGUCCAACAUCAGCAUUAACACUUAGUGGUUCAGUUGGCUCUGGUAAUUCACUGUUUGCGGGUAUUGCUAGCAGUAAUAAACGGCCAAGACCAGAUGAUUGGUUAACACCAAACAGUCCAAAUUCACCUCAAACAUUGGCAAAUCAACAGUUGAUUUAUACAACACCGCAGCAACAACUUGAUAGAACACCACCACCGGUAACAACUACCCAAACACCACCGCUCAAGCAACAAGCCAUGCAGCAACCUAUUACGUUAUCGGCGGGCGUUGGCCAAGGACAGCAGACCAGUAAUAAUGGUUAUGUCAGUCCCAUGAGCUCGGGGAGUUAUGAUCCUUACAGUCCAAAUGGAAAAAUUGGAAGGGACGAUCUAUCCCCACCAAGUUCUUUGAACGGCUAUAGUGCAGACAGUUGUGAUGCGAAAAAGAAAAAAGGACCAACACCCCGACAACAGGAGGAGUUGUGUCUAGUGUGCGGUGAUCGGGCAUCUGGUUAUCAUUAUAAUGCACUAACGUGCGAGGGCUGCAAAGGUUUUUUCAGGCGGAGUAUAACGAAAAAUGCAGUUUACCAGUGUAAAUAUGGAAAUAAUUGUGAGAUUGACAUGUACAUGAGGCGAAAGUGUCAAGAAUGCAGACUAAAGAAGUGUUUGUCGGUGGGAAUGAGGCCUGAGUGCGUCGUACCAGAGUACCAAUGUGCUGUCAAACGUAAGGAAAAGAAGGCCCAGAAGGUAGGGGAAAAAGACAAACCCAACAGUACAACGAUGAACGGCUCACCUGGAAGUAUUAGUGGAAUGGGCGUUGAUCAGAUUAAAAUUGAACCCUCAGAAGCAGAUUGUCUGCCAAUGAAUUCCGGCAGCACUGACUCGUUAAUAGAACUUAAGAAUGGACUUUCAAUCGUGAGUCCCGAGCAGGCUGAGCUCAUUCAGAGACUUGUUUAUUUCCAGGGACUCUAUGAGAAUCCCAGUCCUGAGGAUCUUGAAAGAAUUACGCAUCGACCAACGGAAGGUGAAGAUCCUGGUGAUGUGAGAUUCAGGCAUAUGGCGGAAAUAACGAUACUAACUGUACAGCUUAUUGUUGAAUUUGCCAAAAAUUUAUCGGGUUUCGAUAAAUUGUUGAGGGAGGAUCAAAUAGCCUUGCUCAAGGCAUGCUCCAGUGAAGUAAUGAUGCUGAGAAUGGCAAGAAAGUAUGACGCUACGACAGACAGUAUCCUAUUUGCUGAUAAUCAGCCAUACACGAGAGACAGCUACAGUUUGGCUGGAAUGGGUGAUACUAUCGAGGAUUUGCUGCGUUUUUGCAGGCAUAUGUACAAUAUGAAAGUCAACAAUGCUGAGUAUGCAUUAUUAACAGCUAUCGUAAUUUUCUCAGAACGACCGAUGCUCUUGGAGGGUUGGAAGGUGGAGAAAAUUCAAGAGAUAUACCUGGAGGCACUCAAAGCAUACGUGGACAGUCGUCGUAAACAUAAAUCAGGAACAAUAUUCGCGAAAUUACUCUCCGUGUUAACGGAAUUACGAACACUCGGCAAUCAAAACAGCGAAAUGUGCUUCAGUUUGAAGCUCAAAAACAAGAAACUACCUCCAUUUCUUGCCGAGAUUUGGGAUGUCAUGCCCUAGUUUAUUUUCGCCCAUAACAACCACGCUAAUUACAGUGUAACUGCCCUACUGGCAUUAUAUUAUUUCAAUAACGACGCUCACUGCACAUUCGUUAUUGUCGAAAUGAAAAAAAUACCACUCAUUCAGGGGUGAAAUAAUGAGAGAUAAAAAUUUAAUGAAAACGGUGUGCAUCAAUUUUUUUUACUAGUGCACCAUUGUGCCACUGCCUCAUUGUCGUGAUAAAAUCUAUAUCUCCAAUCUCUUUUACUAUUAUGUUUGUUCUUAAAUUAUUAUUUUAACAUUGCGUGGUACUCUACGAUGUUUUUCCAAAAAAAGGUAGUUUAUUUUACAAUUGAAAUAUGCGACGAACGCGUGAAAUGAACGAUCAAAUAUAUAAUUUAAUUUUUUUAUUACCUAAAAUUCCCGCAUUUUAAUUCGUCGGAAAAUUAUCAUCAAACAAUUAAAUAUCCCGGCUAUAUUUAUCGAGCAUGAGUUCAUUUUAAAUCACAAACAUCAUGAUCUUCUCAAGAACAAAUAAUAAUAAAAAGACAAAGAAAAAAAGGCAGUGGUGAAGGCACCCAGGCUGUGAUACGUAGAGACAGUUACAGAGACUAUAUAAGAAACUAUUCUACACGUAUAUAUUACUAAAAAAAAUUGAGAAAAAAUGAUAAACAUAAUAAUCACUUACCCGGACCCCUCUAAACUAAAAAUAAAUCUUAAAAUUGAGCAAAAUACUAGAUAAGACGUAAUCGUUAAUGUACAGAGAACGUUUGAAGAUCAGUGUAAGACUGAGGGAAAGAAAAACAUCUUAAUUGCUGGAAAAUUAAAGGGGGGAAAAAAAUCUACAACUGAACGAAAUAAAAGCAAAAUGAUUGAGUAAACGAGAAAAAUAAAUCCAACAAUAAGCAAAAUAAAGAAUAAUGCGCAGAGUGAAGGGAAAAAAUGAUUGAAGAGAAUGAGAACACGAAUACGGAGUAUUAAACGAUAAAAAAAUUAAUAAUUUAAGGUUUAAGAUGAUUAAAUAAUACAAAUUUGUGUGCUUUGUAUUGGGCACUGUUGAGCAGUGCCUCUGGCACGUACUUUGAAAUAAAACUGCGAAUUACGAUACAAUAGAGUCUAUAUCACGAUACAUAGCAUAAUAUAUUGCCAGCAUAUAGGUUUGUUUGUACGAAGUAAUAAAGCUGAUGAGAAUAUAGGGAAUAAUAAGAGUUUUGAAGAAUCAUUCAUCAUUUGGUGAUGGAGAUCAAGUAUUUGGCGGUGGUGAAACGUGUGAAGAUAGAUCGACGAUUUGUAGAUUUUUAAGGGGAAUAAGCGAGGCUAGAGAUGUAGAUGAAAAUAAUAAAAAACUGGUCUUUUAGUCAGUCAGCUAGGCUUUAGGUGACCGAGUCAAGUGCAAAGCCCUGUGCCUUCAGCAGCGGACAUCGGCUCACCAAAGAAAAAAAAAUAAUAAAUGAGAACAUUUUUCAAAGAAAGAAUAACGAAAUCCAUGGAAUUUAACCGUCCGUUUUAAUUUUUUAAUAAAUAAGGAAAAAAGUGAAAUGGAAAAAAAAUGAAAAAUAAUGUAAAAUGUCAUGCAAAAAUAUGAGUAACGUAUGGAUUAAAUUUAAAGAUUUAAAUUUAAACUGCAGGCAAUUACAGUUGUAAAUUGCAAGAGGUUCGUUAUGAUAAUAAAAUGACAAAAUAAUUGUUAGAAGAGUGGCUGAGCAAUUUGACAUAUUUUGAAGAUUUUAAAUGUAUUUUUUGGGGGUUUGGGGGUGGGGGAGGAUCUGAUGCGCCGAUUACGAAGUUUUGGGAAUGUUGAAAUAUGAUGCGAGACGAAUUCAUCGAUAAUUGAGUGGUGGAAUUGUGAGAGAGGACAGACAGUCGUGGAUCGAUCUCUUAAACUAUUGAAUAUAUCGAGAAAAAUUCGAAGCCCUUUUUUCGUGGGGAGUUUAAUUGUGAGAAAGGUUCCUCAUAUGUUAAUUUUUUCCCUUAAAUCAAUAGUACACGAGAUAUCUGCGAAAAAACUGUUGACAAAUGUCGUUUUUUUACUCUUCUCAACAUUUCACCACUUAAUUAUUGACGAAGAAAAAUUUUUUUCAAUAUCAAGAAGAAUUGAGAGAAGACUCAGAGACUUCUUCCGAGUGAGAAUAUUAUAGACGAAAUCAUAAAAAUUAUCAAACGCGAUCCAGUAAGACAGAAAACAAAUUAACCAUGAAGUUCUUGAUGUUGUAACACUGUUAUUCUAUUGCUACUGAUUCAUUGUACGCAGUUAUAUUCUGUAGCCAACUACCAUGCAAGUGCUAACGUCAUUAUUGGUGUAACGUAUUAAGAUCAUAAAAUUUCUAAAAAACAAAAAAAAAUAUAAUGAAAAGCAAAAAUUAAGAAUGACGAAGGAUGCACAUAUUUUGGCGUACGGCAGUGAUGUAAGAGUGUAAUUAUCAAACAGAAAAAAAAAUUGACAAAUUUUUCAAUUACACGGGAAAAUGACGAAGGGUUAGCAACAAUUUAUCCAGUCGAUAGUAAUUGUGAAUAUUGAGAAUAUACGUGUCAUGUUGAAGACUCCAUCAUGUUAAGAAUUAUUGGAAUACGGUUAUACAUUUUCAUUAAAUGAUAAAUGGAAAUGUAAAAUCAAAAAUGUAAUCCUUCUGCUGAUUCAGGGAUUUAUCAAUUUUUUAUUAUUAUUAAGAAAUUGUUAAAUUUGUAUAUUUAUUAAUUGGUAAAAUGUAAUUAUGUUUAUAAGAUGUCGAAUCUUUCUUUUUAUGAUAUUGUAGGAAUUUUCGGAAAGUGAUUUGGGGUAGUUCAAUUACCGGCAAUGUUUUAAAAAUUGCUUUUCAUUUGGCUCUAGUGGGCUAUCAAUUUGUAUAAAAUUAUCUGGGUGUUUAGAAUAAUCUCUAUGCUCUGGCGAAGUUGAGAAAAAUGAUAAAUCUUGUGAAUCGGCAUCGGGAGAUUGAUAAUCUCAAUAACUAUAGCAUUUAACAAUUCUGUGGGGAGGUAGAGCACUUAGUAUUUGGAAUUUAGGAGAAAAAUUUCGAAUUUUACGCUAAAUUCACUAGUGUUUCAGAUAAUUCAGAUAAUUUAGGGAAAUGUCUUCAGAAAAUCCCGAACCCAAAAUCGUUAUCAUCACUAUUUAUUAAUGAUUUCGAGGAAAAUGUCAUAUCCGCAAUUUUCCGCAGUUUAUUUAAUAACUGCGACCGUAAAAAGUUCUAUGACACUUUCCUCUAAAUCUACCGUUUGCACACAUAUUUCUAAAAUACAUUACUAACUACAUUUUAUGAGAUUUGAAGACUCAACAAAUUUCGCCUUCAUUAUUUCACAAAUAAAUUUAGAAUAACAUUACGUAAUAUAGAUUAUGAAAUUCUAAACAAAAAUAAUUUUGAAAUUUUUCUCCAAAUUCAAUAAUUCCAGAGAUCAUUAAAUAUUCUGGAAUGGAAAAAUGAGGAAAUUAAAAGACUCCACAAUUUGUGCUGAAUUUUUAGAAGAGUUUAAAAAUUAUUGGAUAUCUAGCGGAAAAUAGUGGUAAAGCGAGAUGAGUCACUUUUGAUUAUUAAUAAUUUUUUGAUGAAUAUCUCAGAAUCUAGGGCACCUAAAAAAAUUUCCAAUACAACAUUUUUUGUGAAGCGCAUUGACAUCCAUUUAGAUUCACGGACUUGCUCAAAAGAUCGAGUCAGAGAUAAGUCAACUUAUCUCGAUUUACCACUUGGUUAUUCAAUCGACGUCUUGACAGAAAUGAACUCUGUGAACUAUCUACCACUCCUCGGCAUUGAAAACUAAGAAUCUCGAAGAAAAUUGAACUAACUACGUAACGCCGCAAGGCAGACACUGCCACACUAUGAGUGAACGUGAGAACACCACGAUUAAUAAAUGUCAUCAUUAGCCCAGCACCAAAACGAACACAAAAUGCAAACGAAUAACUCACUAAACCCAGUAAAAACUAUCAAAAGGCAAAAAUAAAAAUGGAACAUAAAUGAUCACAAUUAAAACAGUAAAAUCUUCUCGUUGCAUAUACACUGACAUAAAUUGAAUCUACCAAUACAACUCUUUUACCACUAUUGUCGUACCUCAUUAACUCGUAGGGAACCUAGUUCUAUUAUUGUACAACUGUAUAUGACGAUGAAAAUGAUGAAAAAAGCACCGCCAGUGUAUACCACCGCACAUUUAUAUUUCAAAGCGAAAAAUAAUUAUUAAAAUAACUAAUAAAGACAAUUAAUCAAUUCAAAUUCAAGGGAUGUGGCAUCAAGUUAUCGGGAGUUCGGAGAAAUCAAUAAAAAAAUAAUUCAACUGAAAUUAAUUGAACAAUCAGUGGAGUGAUUAAUUGAUCAAUCGACUCGCGAUUUCAUCAAAUAUUUAAUGGGGCUCUCGCUACACUGCAUAGGGCGCAUUAAUAUUUCUCUCAUUACUGCUGUAUAAGAAAUCGUUAUAGGACGUGAAAAAUGAGUCGUUAAUAAAAACAUUGAUUAAUCAUAGAUUUCGAGGAGAAUCUUGGAACGUUGACGGCGGGUCGAACAUGCGUCGAAUGAACAUUCGAUAAUAUUAAUCGAUUUUCAAGUUAAUUAGCAGAAUUAUGGGAACAUUCGACAAAUGGUGAAGAGACUUGACUUUUAUGUUGUUUUAUUGAAUUAUGUAUUUAGUCUUGAGAACAAUAUCGAGACUUAUUUCAAUUCUAGAAAUUUACAAUUCAAAUAGUUGCACUAUAAUCUGGACAAUUUUGGGAUUUUUAGAAUCAUUUGAACCCAAUUUUUAAGGACCUUUUUGGGGUUCAAGAAGAUUUAUAGUUUUAUUCAACAUGAAAGUCGUAUCACUCCGUGAUUCCCCGAAUAGAUUAUUGAGAAAUUGAAUCUAUAUUGAGACAGAAGGGAAACGAUUAUUGAAGGGAAUUCCUUUAGUCACUCAGUCUGCGUUACAAUUUUGUUCUUUUGCAAGGUGGAUGGACACUCCAAGACAAUGUAAAAUGAAGCAAUCUAAUGAAAUUCAUACAUAUGACGUAUUAUUAAUUAUACAUGCAAUUCUACGAUCACUGCCAAUGGGCGUUACUGAUAACGUUCGAGUUUCGUUAUCUUAGACGUUUUCUCGUAUUUUUUAGCCUCCGCAAGUUCGAGAAUAUUUGCGGGCAACACCGUGAGUUGGUGAUUUGUUCAUAAUACUGCCAAGCAUCGAUUCAUUGUAUUUGUAAACGAAAAUUGAACGGAAAUUAAGAAGGAGAGACUGGAAUUUUCAUUUUUUUGCUAUUUUUGAUUGUUAAUUCAGGUGUAAAUGGGAUGCAAUUGAGAGAAGAUCAAUUUAAAGGCGUUUUCAUUUGUGGUAGACAAUUAAUUUGUUAACAAAAAAAAUAUUCUCAUUUUUUGGUGGAUUUGACGGUUUUGGAAACAUUGAUCUCUGAAUUCAUCUUCUCCUACGUCUCGACUUAAUUCCCUAGUGACGAUUCCACUCUAAUUUCAUGACUUCUGUAAUUGAAAUAAUCGGACUUCCUUAUUGGAUGUGCUUAUGGUUUAUAUCCUGGGGUUUUGUCAUUGGACCCGCCCUCUUCGGUACCGCGAAAUGUAAAUCACGUACGAACAAGACAAUUCUCCAUUAUUUUCGCAUUUAAAUUGUUUGUAAGUAGUUGAUUUCUCGUUUAUCAUUUGACUUCUCUUGGUUGAACUCAAGAUGGAGAGAAAAACAUUUUUCAUUGUUGAAUAUUGAAACUGUUUAAUUAGACAUAAUUAAGAAUGACAAUUUCAUAUCAUGGUUGAAUAUUCAUGAAAUAAUAGGAAAGAAAUGUUUUAUUUUUCUUUAAUUUCGUAGAAAAACUCAUCCAAAUUUUCUAUUUGAAAACUUUUUUCUCUUUCAGACAAGAAUAUGUUCACAUAACAAAUAUGUCAAAGGAAAAAAAAUGUCAAAAAAGUAAGAUCUCGACAAUCCCAAAAAAAACUUAAAAUGAAAUUUAAAAAUUAGGAAAGUUCGGGGAAGUGGCAACAAAAAUUAACUAAAUUAUGUUAUCAGUAUAAUUAUUUAUUAUAUACAAAGAGCGUCAAAAUUAGCCGGUGAAAAUUGACGACUGGUGCUUUGGAAUAAAUCAGACUGAAUUAUCGUUGUUAUAUUUAAUCGAAGAAAUUGGAAUUUUACGCCCGACGAUGUUUGAAAGUUCAAUCGGUUCUUGUAAUUAUUAUUUCUAUUUUGAAAUAUUAUAUGCGAUAUUUAAACUUCUGGCUGAAUAUCCCCAUGAUAAUUAAUUCAUCAAUGAGAUAAUUUUUUUUAAUUCAAUAAACAUAAUUCUUUGAAUUGUUCGUAAUAAUUAUGAUCAUGUGUUAAUCAAUAAAUUAUCUAAAUUACAUUGUAUUGUAACCAUAAUUUUAAUUUAAGGAUCUUGAUUAUAUGAAAAUUCAUUAGCCGAAAUCGACACAACUAUUUACCUUACUAGAAAUCUCAUAAAGUCUAAGGGAAAUAUAAUUUGUUUUUCUGAAAUUAAUUCAACAUGUAAUUGUCUUGGUAAUGAGUGGAUUGAAAAGGAACUGUGUCAAGAUUCGUUGAGUAUAUGAUAAAAUCUACAACACAAAAUUUUUUAUGGCAUUUUAGUCUAGAAUGACUAACUCCACAGCAAAAUGCGAUCAAGCGUUCGCCAAGAACAUUGUAAUCUACGAUCUUUAGUUCUUAUGUUGAAGAGUUCUUCGUAAAUCCAUUCCCUAGGAAAAUAACCACGUAUUUUGGUACAGAAAUAUCUAAUUCCACAGUUUCACUGGCGUCCUGCAAAACCUUAUGUAAAACAUUAAAACUUGUAUUCGUCAUUUGAUAGAUAAAAAGGCAAUGAAGUCUCUAAGAACUGGAGGCGAUAGACUGACUGGUAGGCAUGCGUUUCACUGCGUUGAUGUUUUUUUAUUGUAUAAAAUCGUAUUAUUGACAAAAAACUAUUGAAAAAACCACAAUAACUGUUCUCAUUUUAUAAACCCGACGUACAGACGGAAUGAAAUCCAAUUUGGUGUGACAUGUCAUCGGAAUCAAGUGCACUUGAUGGAAAAAAACUUGUGAAAGGGUACAGGAUUCAGUAAUGAAUUGAUUGAAGGGAUCGUUCCAUGUAUCAAGAAAAUAUAUUGAAAACUUGGGCUCAGGACGAACAGUCGAUAUUCCCAGAGAAUUUGAUCAUUGAAAAAAAUUCAAAAAUUGAAUUAUCCCUUUUUCAAAUCAAUUGUAUUACAGAAUUUUCUCAUCACAAAAUUUAUUUCAGACAAAAUGCAAAGCACCGAUCAAUAGUCUCUGAGUGUGAACUGAUUAAGUAAAUCCCGAUAAUAAACUACAAAUAAUCCUAAAACUAAUCUAAUCGACUAAUAAAUAAGCUAAUGCAUAAGUGUGAUUGCGAGAAGCACCCUCGGAAGUCCAGCCCCGACUUUUCAAUAAUCAUAUUAAUGUCAGUAACGAAGUACUGAAAUGAGAUAAGUUGACUUAACUCUGAGUCAAGUUUUUUUACGGAAUAUUACCGAAUCUAAGAGAGAUAUAAUUCUUGGUUACUCCACAAAAAAGUUGAAAAAGAAAAUUUGUUAUUUUCAAUAGUUAAACGUGACUUAUCUCUUUCUACUACUUCAGUACUGAUUUCACAUCUUAACCCUUCAUUUCAUCGCGCUCGAACAAAAAAUUAUUUCUUUUCACGACGAUUUAACGAUGAGAGUCUUAGGUGUUUUCGGAGGUACUUAAAAUCGCCGGAUCAAUUUAAUGAAUAAAGUAAAAACAAUGAAAGACUAGUUGUUUCAUGGAGAAUAAUAUUUUUCUUAUGGUUCUAUUUUAACAAAGAAACAAGAGUAAUUAAACAAAACUAAUAAACAAUUAUUAUAAUUUCAACUGUUGAUGAUGGAAUUAAAUUUUGUCGCUGAAGAUUUUCUGAGUGGAAAAUUUCCUGCGGGAAAUUUAAAAUAAAUAAAAUAAUGCGAUUGUUUGGGAACAUUAUUCACAAAGUUCAGAUGUAACGAACAGUUAUGCAUAUUUGUAGGAAAUUUGCAGGAAUUUUUCCCACGCGGAAUUUAAAAAAAUAAAAAUCUCAAGCCAGACGAUAUGAAACAAAUGUAGAUAUGAACGAAUACGAUAUUUACAUAACAAUAAUGGAUUAAUAAUCAUGAAUGAAAAUACACUAUAUGCAUAGAGUAUAUUUUCGAAUGGAAAAUAAUGAUUAAAAUGACGAAUUUUCGUAGAUGCAAAUAUUAGAGUGAAAAAAUGAGAUAAUUAAGCCGAUAAUAGUGAUAAUGAUAAUGAAAUGGUUCAUCAGGGUGUUGAAGAUUCUAACGAAUGUUGUUAUUUGGCAUUAAAUAAGGGGAUUCCCUUGGACAUUAGCAGGGAAAUGAUGGUGUGUGGCAAAACGUUUUUUUGUUAAUAUCUCGAAAAAUCGGGGAGUGCAAGAGAUUUUACCACGUUUCACUGCUGAUUUCAAUAACAAAUUGUUCCCUUAUUCCAUCUGAAAUAUAUAAAUAAUUGGGGUGACGAUGAAUUUCCCUCCGGAAACACCAGAGAAUCUCAGAUCUCAGAAACAGUAGAAGAAAAAUUGUUUGAAUUAACAACACAUUACCGAAAACAAUAAUUGUAGAUUUUGUAAUUAUUAAUAUUAUUUUUAUUUGAUAAACGGCAUCAUAUUGUAUAAUUUUCUGUAGCUCAGUGCGCAUUAUUCACUUGAUAAAAUAAUUCAGAAAGGCAAAUGAUAGGUGAUUGAUAAUCACCACGUGAUGGGAUUACAUAAAGUCCGCAUAUGAACAUUUAAUUGUACAGGAGCCGAUGGUGACUCUAGUUAUUGUAUUAUUAUAAUGAAUAAUAAUUGAUUAUGCAUGAUAAUGAAACGAUGAAAUGCUAAUAUUAUUUUUAAUUACAAUUUAAUUAAGUUUUAGUUUAAUAUUAACGAUGAAAAUACACGUACACGUUACACAAAUGGUUGAUGAACUAGACACAUUUGUAUUUAAGUGGCAUAAUAGGUGGGUGAAGAGUUCAGAGGGAUAAUGAAUAAUGAUUAUUGAUUAUUAAAAGAAUAAUAAAGUGGAGUGAAGUAAGGAACUAACGAUUCUUAGUCGAGUUUGUGUUGUAUUUUAGUCUUAAUUGAUGAAAGAAGAUGAUUUCAAACAUUUUCUAGUAUAACUAUUAUAUCAUUUUUUAAAUAAAAUAAUAGUUUAUAUGAAACACUGGAUGAAAAAUUUAUCUAGAUUGUUUUUUAUUUGAUUCUCGACAAAACAAUUAUGCGAUGAUUUUCGGUAGAUCCAUUAUUUAUUGAAUUAAUCGCCGAACAUUCGUCUUGUUUUAUCAAUUAACUACUGAUUCCCCAUUUUUUUAAUGAGACAUUCUAAAUGGAGUAUGAUUGUAUCUUUAUUGUUGAAAUCAAUGAUCGAUUUCAUGAUAAUUAUUAAUAUUGGACGGUGCAAUAUUUACAAAUAUAAUUAACUUAUUAACUUCACAUUUUGAUACCCAACAUUGAGGGGGUAGGGGCAGAGGAGGAUUGAAUGAGAGAUCAUGGGCUGAUGAAAAUCAUUGAGAAAAAUUGAAUAAAUUAUGGUAAUCAAUGGAUUAAUAUCGUGAGAGUACCGCGUCGUUGGAGGAUAGAAUUAGUCAGUGAAGGUUUUGUCUAUUGUAUAAUAUUUAUAUUUCCACUCUUUCUUUCCUCUUUUUUUCACAAAGAAACAAGCAACUCAUGAUCUAUGCUGCUAUGUAUUGAUAAUAUGUUACAAUAUUACAGUAAAACUUUCAGCAAAUACAUAAAUGCUCUUUUUAUUUAGA